ACCGUAAAGCUACUCCUUAGCCACAAAGACAUCGAAGUCAAUUGCAGCAAUAUAUGGGGCGAAACACCAAUACAUGAAGCUGCAAUUCAGGGGAAUCUAAAAGUUGUAAAGGCACUCCUCAGUCACAAAGACAUCGACACAAACAUACGCACUGGUAACUACCACUGGGAUUCUCUGUCUAGUAACAAAACCGCUCUCUGGCUUGCAAGAAGGCGAGGUCACAUAGAUAUCAGCAAUCUCCUCUUGGCCCACGGAGCAGUCGACGACGUUGAUGAGGAACAGGAUUCCAUCCCAACUCUGGACUUGAACGGAGUGCCUGAAGCUACAGUCGCCGACCCUCUAGCACAAGGAGAUAUUGGGGAUUUUAGUUCGGAUAUGGAGGUACAAGACCGGUUGUGGAUUGCAGAGUUUAUAGUUGAUGAGAGGAAUGUUGUCAGUAUGUAUUAG